CUCAGCUUUUAACGUCCGGGAUAUCUGUACAAGUCUCUGGUGGAGACAGUAAUCAGAGCUCAGGUUCCCAGGCCUGUUUCAUUAAAGAGAUUGUUGGUAUCCUGGAAAGAAAAAAAAAAUUAGACAUAGAGGAAAAGCUGACUUGUGCCAAGCCAAGCACCACAGCAUGGAACCACAGGUUACUCUAAAUGUGAGUUUUAAAAAUGAAACUCAAAGCUUUCUGGUUUCCGAUCCAGAAAAUACAACUUGGGCUGAUGUCGAAGCAAUGGUAAAAGUUUCAUUUGAUCUGAACACUAUUCAGAUAAAAUACCUGGAUGAGGAAAAUGAAGAGGUAUCUAUCAACAGUCAAGGAGAAUAUGAAGAAGCACUUAAGAUGGCAGUUAAGCAGGGAAACCAACUUCAGAUGCAAGUCCAUGAAGGCUACCGUGUCGUUGAUGAAGCUCCACCCCCAGUUCUAGCAGAAAAACCGCCAGUUUCGAGGACAGGGAAAAAGCCACUUGCACAUUAUUCUUCACUGAUGAGAGUCUUGGGAUCAGACAUGAAGACCCCAGAGGAACCUGCACCACAGCAGUUUCCGCUUGCUCCAUCUGACGCAGACCAGCCUCAAGACAGGCCCCCAGACUGGUUCACAAGCUACCUGGAGACAUUCAGAGAACAAGUGGUUAAAGAAACUGUUGAGAAACUUGAACAGAAAUUACAUGAGAAGCUUGUCCUCCAGAACCCAUCCUUGGGCUCCUGUCCCUCAGAAGUCUCAAUGCCUAUUUCAGAGGAAACACUGUUUUUGCCAGAAAACCAGUUCAAUUGGCAUAUUUCUUGUAGCAGCUGUCAACGGAGGAUCUUUGGUGUGCGCUACCAGUGCAGCCUAUGCCCAUCCUACAAUAUCUGUGAAGAUUGUGAAUCGGGACCCUAUGUCCAUGACUCCAACCAUGUCCUGCUGAAGUUGCGGAGACCUGUUGUGGGUUCCUCUGAAUCGUUCUCUCACUCAAGGUUCUCUACUCCUCGUCUUCCUGCUGCUCUGGAACAAGCCAGGCUCCAGAAGCAGGUUGACAAGAAUUUUCUUAAAGCAGAAAAGCAAAGGUUGCGAGCUGAGAAGAAACAGCGUAAAGCAGAGGUCAAGGAACUUAAAAAGCAGCUUAAACUCCGCAGGAAGAUUCAUCUGUGGAAUUCCAUCCAUGGACUCCAGAGCCCCAAGUGUCCCUUGGGCCGACCUGAGAGCUUACUGCAGUCUAACACCCUAAUGCUCCCUUUGCAACCCUGUGCCCCAGUUAUGCCAACCCUCAGUGCAGCAUUUGUGGAUGAGAAUUUGCCUGAUGGGACUCACCUUCAGCCAGGAACCAAGUUUAUCAAACACUGGAGGAUGAAAAAUACAGGAAAUGUAAAGUGGAGUACAGAUACAAAGCUCAAGUUCAUGUGGGGAAACCUAACUAUGGCUUCGACAGAAAAGAAGGAUGUUUUGGUCCCCUGCCUCAAGGCUGGCCAUGUGGGAAUUGUGUCUGUGGAGUUCAUUGCCCCAGCCUUGGAGGGAACAUACACUUCCCACUGGCGGCUUUCUCACAAAGGCCAGCAGUUUGGACCUCGGGUCUGGUGCAGUAUCAUAGUAGAUCCUCUCUGCUCCACAGAAAGCUCUGAUAACAUUGAAAAGAGCAUGAAUAACUCAAGCAAAACUGGUGAUCUCACCUGCCAGCAAGAGGAAACUUUUCUUCUGGCUAAAGAAGAAAUUCAGCUUGGGGCAACUGAACAGACAGAAGGGACAGGAACCUACAUCCCACAGAAGACAAAAAAUGUUGCCAGCGAGAGGGAGCUCUACAUCCCAUCUGUGGACCUUUUAACUGCCCAGGAUCUGCUGUCCUUUGAGCUGUUGGAUAUUAACAUUGUCCAAGAAUUGGAGAGAGUGCCCCAUAACACCCCUGUAGAUAUGACUCCCUGCAUGUCUCCUCUGCCACAUGACAGCCCUUUAAUAGAGAAGCCAGGCUUGGGGCAGAUACAGGAAGAGAGUGAAGGGGCGGGACUUAAAGCUCUCUCUGAUUCCACGGCAUCAGUAAAGAGGAGGGCUGAGAAUAUUACUUCAGUGGAGGAGGCAGAAGAUGACCUGAGUGGGACCCAGUUCGUGUGUGAGACUGUAAUCCGAUCUCUUACCUUGGAUGCUGCCCCAGACCACAACCCACCUUGCAGACAGAAGUCUCUGCACAUGAAAUUUGCCUCACCUGAGGAAGGACCACUUGGAGAUGAGAGAGAGGAGAUGGUCCAUAUCUCUGAGGAAGAGGCUAUUGUGGAGGAGGAGGAAGAGGAUGAGGAGGAUGAGCUCAAAGACGAAGUUCAGAGUCAGUCCUCUGCUUCUUCAGAGGAUUACAUCAUCAUCCUGCCUGAAUGCUUUGACACCAGCCGCCCCCUGGGGGACUCCAUGUACAGCUCUGCCCUCUCACAGCCAGGCCUGGAGCGAGGGGCUGAAGGCGAGCCUGGGAUUGAGGCUGGGCAGGAACCAGUCGAGGCUGGGGAAGCACCCCCUGGAGGGGAGACCCAGCUGCAGGGGUACAGCAUCAAUGACAUCCUCAUGACCUCACAGACUCUGGAUACAGUGCCACUCACCCCAGAGGUGGUGGGCCCUCCACCACGGCUGCCCAGGAGCCUGCCUUGUGCACAGCAUCAUGGCUCCCCAGGAGUGGAUUUACCGGUUACCAUACCAGAAGUUUCUUCAGUCCCUGAUCAGAUCAGAGGAGAGCCCAGAGGCUCAUCAGGACUUGUAAACAGCAGACAGAAGAGCUAUGACCACUCAAGGCACCACCACCAUGGGAGCAGCAUUGCCGGGGGACUGAUGAAGGGGGCUUUGUCAGUUGCUGCUUCUGCGUACAAGGCCUUGUUUGCUGGACCACCAGUCACUGCACAGCCAAUAGUUUCGGAAGAUCAGACAGCAGCCCUGAUGGCCCAUCUCUUUGAAAUGGGAUUCUGUGACAGGCAGCUGAACCUGAGGCUGCUGAAGAAACACAAUUACAACAUCCUGCAGGUUGUGACAGAACUUCUUCAGGUCAACAACAACGACUGGUACAGCCACCGCUAUUGAGAAGUGACCAUGUAUUAAAUAACUUUGCCUGCUGCUCAGAGAUGAUCUCUAUUGUCAUUGGGGUGUGGGGCAGAAGCCCUUGCUUAUUUUUUAAUCUGAUGAAUAUGUAUAGAGCCCAUGAUUGGAUUGUCAAGACAAUACCUGUAUUACAUUAUUUUUUGGAGCAAAUCAAAGACCAGACGUAAAUUUUCACUUUAAACAUUGAAUGAAUAGUAGAAAGACAGCUUUUCAGUUGAUUUGGAUAAAACUCCUUUCUCCAUUUUAGUGCGUUGGAGAGUAUAACUUGAACUUCUUAUACCAUUUUUCUCUUGCUUGUAUUGAAGUUGAGUAUUUUUCUUGGUUAAUGCAGAUGUUUGUAUGGGGUUAUAUGUUAUUAAUUGUCAAUUUUUAAAAGAAAUUAACCCUGAGCCCUAGCUGGUUUGGCUCAAUGAAUAAGAGUGUCGGCCGACAGACUGAAGGGUCCCAGUUUCGAUUCCAGUCAAGGGCACAUGCCCAGGUUGCGGGCUCGAGCCCCAGUAGGGGGCAUGCAAGAGGCAGCCAAUCAAUGAUUCUAAUCAUUGAUGUUUCUCUCCCUCUCCCUUCCUCUCUGAAAUGAAUAAAAAUAUAUUUUUAAAAAAGAGAGAACGAAAAGAAAUUAACUUUGAAAGUUGUUUUCAAGAAUUACUUAUAAUUUCUCUAUCCUAUCCCAAGGCUUAGCUAUGUGGUAUUAAACUGAUACCCAGAGCAUGAUAGGAAUGUUACUGUUCCUUUCUCAAAGAGAAAGUAAUUUCCUGCAAGACUUAGUAAUUGGCAUGUUGUUUUUUAAAGAGCCCAUUGAUGAAUUUAAGAAUAUCUGCCUUCUGGGUUUCUACACUUCAGUGAAAGGAGAGGGGAGUGUGCUGAUUAAACCACCAGCCCCUUUUCAGCAGUGUCUAUUGUAAUUUUACAUACAUUUUUCUUUUAUUUAAGGGAGAAAAAAUUAGGUAGUGUGAAAUAUUUUGCUAAUCCUAUAGAGCAGGGGUGGGGACCCUUUUUCUGCCAAGGGCCAUUUGGAUAUUUAUAACAUCAUUCUCGGGUCAUACAAAAUUAUCAGCUUAAAAAUUAGCCUGCUAUACUUGGUCAAACAUUUAAUCAACUCACCCCUACUGCCUUGGCAGGGCCAGACCCAAUGAUUUCCCGGGCCUUAUACGGCCAGAGGGCUGGACCUUCCCCACCCCUGCUAUAGAGGAAGGAAAAAACUCUUCUAUUAAAGGGAAGGAAAAUUUAACUUUACCUUUUUUCUAUGUCAGGGCAGAUUUUAUGUACAGUAGUUGGGUGGGGAGAUAGAAAUAGGAAAAGUGAAAAGCAGGCUCCUGUGUUAAUCUUGGCAAAGUUCAAGGGUGGGCAAAUGAGUAUGUGUGAGGCAUAGGAGAUCCUGAUGACUUCUGGAGGUUUGGAAUCUAUUCAAGGGUACCGAGCCCUAGAGUCUAGAACAGAAAAGAGAGGCUGGUGUUUUGCAAAACUUGGAUGGGGACAAACACUGAACGUUUUUGGCCCAGGAUGAGUGGAGAAGAGCUUGCUUCCGUGGGUGCAGGCCAUCCCUUUGUUUGCAGAAGAGCGUCUGUGAGAAAUAAGGCGAGCCCCCACACUGUGGGUCCUGGUAGAACCCAAACAUACUCGGGAGCCAGGCAGCAAGGCAAAUCCCUUUACUUCUACCAGAGGGUGUGCACGCCUGGUCUGGAAGCAUGUGCCCACGAGCAGGUGGUCUGCUUGGCUUUAUAACCCCUGACCUCUUGACUGGAGCUCUGGCACACAGCCAUUACAAUUAGCUAAUUCAAAGGGAGGGGUUGGCUUUUGGGGUUCAAGAUGCGGCCCCAGGGGAGCUGCAAGCCACAUGGCCAACAUGGGGCCUGCCAGUCACGCAGCCCAACGUGGGGCUGUCUAUAAACUGUUCUCUGACAGAAAAGGUGGCUUGUUUAUUCUCGCAAGUCUUGGGUACAGUUGGUGAAGAAAGAGGUUACCAAAAAAAAAAACAAAACACUAAAA